AUGGCGGUCGAUACGCGAAUUAUCGUUCUAUAUUUACUAAAACCAUCUUUUCAACAUCGACGAAGAAAAACAAUACCACAUCAUCCUAUAUCAGAUACCUUUGAAAUACCAAACAAAUCUAGUCAAACUUUAGAUGCUGAAGAUGUUCUUCUUUUUGCUACUGAUUUACAACUUGAAAUUUUCUUUCAAUCAUCACAUAUCUUUAUGGACGGAACUUUUAACGCUUGUCCUCCAUACUUUGAUCACAAACAAGCUAAAGAACUUGGCCUUACAUUUGAACGUAAUGUGAUUACAAUUGAUUUUGAGCCUGACCUAAUUAAAGCAAUUAAACAUCAAUUCCCUAACUCACGUCAUAAAGGUUGCAACUUUCAUUAUAAUCAAAGUAUUUAUAAGAAGAUACAAUCACGUAGUCUUUCAUCUCAAUAUGAUAAUGGUGAAGAAGUCCGAUCUUAUGCUAGAAAGUUGAUGGCAUUUCCUUUACUACCACUUGAAAAGAUGAAUUUGGCAUCUGAAUAUCUCUUUGAGAAUCAUCCAUAUUGUCUUGAAUCUUUUUUUAAUUAUUUUCAAUCAUUUUGGAAGGAGUCUGUAACACUCGAAUUAUGGAAUGUCUGA